AGAGAGCAGAGCGCAGCUCGGCACUGAGGAGCGGAGCGAGCAGGAUGAGCCUGUAGAGCCGCAGCUGCACCGGAAACCUUCCUGUUUCUGCUCGGAGCCUCGAUUCUGACCCCAUGAGUGCUGCAAGCGUGCUCACGUCCUUCAGUCCGUCCGCGAUGCCUGGACCAGUCAUGACAGACGUGGCGAUGAGGUUCUACAUCAGCCACUCUCCGCCUCCUCUGCGGAGCUUCAUCAGCUCCUACGGCGACCUGCAGCGGGCCAAGAGCCGGGCCAACCAGCCCAGCGCCCGCAGCCAGCAGCUCUACCAGCCGCUGCGGCCCUGCCUCAGCAGCCAGCGCCGGGCGGCCGACGACGGCGCCCACGUGGCCUGGGCCAAGAAGAAGCCCAUGAAGAAGAGCGUUGUGUUCGCCGACACCAAGGGUCUGUCGCUCACCGCCAUCCACGUUUUCUCCAAGUUCGACGACGAGCGGUACCAGAACAAGCCGGUGGACGGGAUCGCCGAGGAGCUGCAGUUCGAGAUGAGCGACCUGGAGAACGCCACCAUGGACCUAAAGAUCAGCUCGGUGCGCAGCCUGGCGCUCGACUUCAAGCAGCCGUCCGCCGACUACCUGGACUUCCGGAACCGGCUGAUCCGGAACUGCGUCUCCCUGGAGAACUGCUCGCUGCAGGAGCGCUCGCUGACCGGCACCAUCAAGGUCCGGAACGUGGGCUAUGAGAAGUCGGUGCAGGUACGGGUCACCUAUGACUCGUGGGCGACCUUCAGCGACGUGGACUGCAGCUUCCUGAACAACGUCUACGGCUGCCAGGACACCGACACCUUCGCCUUCAAGCUGGAGCUGCCGGCGUACACCCCGCCCCAGAACCGAAUCGAGUUCUGCAUCUGCUUCCGGGUCCAGGGCCAGACCUACUGGGACAAUAACGAAGGCAAGAACUACCCUCUGAAGCACGUGGGCUGGAGCGGAGAGGACCUGAGCAAAGACUCUGCGGCGCAGCAGAAACCGCCGGAGCUCACCGCCAGAGCGCCGAAGGUCCCGGAGCUGGAGUUCGAUCAGUUCGGCAGCCCGCGCAUGUCCAGCGGACUGUUCCCCGGCUGGCAGAGCUGGGGUCACAUCGACAGCACCGUGCCUUACUGGUGAGAGAGCCAGCUCCGGGUCCGAGUCCCAUCCACUCAAAGCAAACUGAACCUGAAGGUUCACAAACCGGACAAAACCCCGAGUUCAGCCCACUCAACUGACCUGCUUCCAGCCGGAACCGCUCACUGGGCCGGUGAAUGAUUAAACUGGAGGAGCAGGAGGGAAAUCACCUGAAGCUCAGCUCUGCUCUGUAAAAUAUGUUGAAUGUGCCUUGUCUCUGUGCCUGCCGCUGAAAUAAAGUCUCUCAGAGGACAUGAGGACGGUUGGCCCCUUUCUGUGGGCCAGAUGCUAGCUGAACAUGCACUGAUUGAGAUGUCCCUCUCAAUGUGACAACGUCUGUUAGCUGAGGGGAAUUAAUUACUGGCAUUAAUCCUUCAUAUUGAAGAGAAAGCUUGGGGAUGCAUGGCCACAGAAA